AGCAUAGUCCCAUUAUAAUGUGCGUACUUACGUACAAUUUCAAGUACAAGCUCAAGUCGAUGAGCAUAUCAGGAACAGAGUAAAAAUCGACAUACUCACUACUUGGCGCCAUCUGGAUCCGCAGAUGCGGACUGUGACGCAGCGUCAACGGAACAGCAUGUCGAGAGUGAGUACUUGUCUAACAGAGGGCGAAAGUAGAAGUAGUUGCAGUAGACGCAAGAGCGAAGAAACAGCCACCUAGGAGCGCGUUGCACCCUCUAGUGUGUCACGCACGCCGGAGACUCUAUGCCUAUGACUCUGUAGUUCCUUCCAUGAGAGGCGCUUUGUUCUUCGUGAGAGAGGAUUCCAAAACCGUGAAACAGGACCCCCUCAUGACUAAGUUAAAGUAAAACUUGAUUAUUUGUUUCUGCAAAGCUCGACAUUGUAUCAGUAUCAGCAUGUCACCUCCCAGCGCGGCGGCCCUGGCCGCGACGGCCACCGGCCCCUUGUGGCUGAUCGACGGUACCCUGGUUGCCCGCCGGUUCUGCGCGGCCGGUAAAGGUCAGCACUUCACCGAGAAUUUGUGCAGGAAGCUGUGGGCGAUCCGGCUGAUCGCGGACACGGUGCGGGCGAAGCCGCUGCUGGUGCUGGAUUCGCUUUCCGGGGAGUCCAACAGCUGGCGCAAGGAGCAUCUGAAGGAGUACAAAAAGCGGGUCUCCUGGAAGGACGAGCGCGAGCGGGAAAUUUUCGUCGCGAACCUGAACUUGGUGCGGAGGAAUUUUCUCCCCUACAGCGGGAUUCCGCUCGUGGUGGCAGAAAACGGGUUGGAGGGCGACGACGUUUUGGCCAAGUUGGCCGUGGAGCACGAGUGGCAGUGCCGGAACCAGGGAGUAGGAGUGGAACACGUAGAGAUAAGUGAAGGAACCGGUGAUCAACAACAACUUGGUGCACCUCCGUGUUCAACAUCUUCUUCCUCAACAGCCUCAUCCGCCGGGUCUACCUCUUCACUAGACGCGGCCAAUUCUACUUCUAGCGGCAAAAUCAAUGCAGAAGUACAACAACAGCUCCUUGUUCCAACGAAGAACCAAACCGUCGUGUUUUCCACCGACAAAGACCUCUUUCAACUCCUGCUAUCACAUGCAAAUAUGUCUGGGUCUGGAAACUUGUGAUGCUGAACUGUGGAUGACUGAAAUAUUUGCCAAUGCAGCCCAGCAUGACAAGUUCGCUGAACGCUCUCUCAUGCUCAGUCCGCAUGAGAAACUGCGCUUUUUUAUGACCACAGAGAACGUCUUCUUUGUUAGUCAGGCAAAACAGAUUUUACAGGAGUGUAGGACUAGCAAGCAUUACAAGUUCCAUGUCUCAGUUUCCAGACCCAGACAUAUUUGCCAUGCAUACCUGCCCUACGGGAUUGAUAUCGUGGAUCCCUUCACGUUCGACCCCAUCGACGAGAUUCUGGUGGAGCACAAGUUCGUAUGAUAGUUGUGCACAACCGCCCCUGCUUCCCCUCAUUUGUCAUGCAAAAUAGACCAAAAAAAUGCACCCUUUGCCUCACUUUUUGCAUGACAGGUUCUGGCAGCCCAAACAGCACUACAAUCCGGAGUGAAUUUGUCAUGCAAAACCUGCACUCGUGCCGGCGCUUGUAUUGUUGUUCAUGCCCUACAAAUGGGGGACGAGGGGGAGUUGUGCACUCUUAUACCUCGGUCUCCCGGCAGACCGCAUCGCGGAAAUGCUGGCGAUUUCGGGCGACAGCUAUCGCAAGAAAAAAGUGUUACAGUUACACAUUGUGUUGCAAAACAUGCAUGACAGACGACUUCUGUCAUGCGCAAAAUGCUUGCGGGUCUCGUUUCGUGUGUGUUUUGCUUUUGCUUUAUAAUCUCUGCAUUAAAAGGCAAAUUUGUGAUGCUGAAUUCACUACAAAUGUGUAACUGUAGCACUUUUUUCCUUGGAUAACAGCUCGGACUGCAUUACCGCCGGCGCGAAGGGCUUCGGGCCGCACAAAUUCCGGCAACUCUUCCAAAACGUAAAGCCUUACGAGACUCUCGCGGAGAUUUUGGACAGGCAGGCGAUAAAACCACCGAAAAUAGCUAGCAGUACUGCAAAAACAUCUUCCUCGUCGGGAACAAAACGCGGAGCAUUAAACGAUAUUGAUUCGAAAUCGAAAUCUAUACCUCUCGCGAAAAAGAGCACGGGCAAGAAGGACGAAGUUCCCUUACGUCUCCGCACCUUGCUGUUUGAGAACAAGGAGACAAUCCUGAGCAACUACGAGCUGACCCGGCUUCCGCCGCCCCGACCCGUGUUAGAGGAACGCGCGCCGGCGCUGCACAAACUGAACCUCCAGAAGAUCUUCGCGAAAGCGGAAAGCAAGCGAGACUUUGACAAACUGGCCCACUUCGGGCAGGAAUACGGCAAUGUCGCGACAGAAGUGGCGAUUCUCGGCAAGAACAAACGAAACGCCUUCCACCUCUACAAGGACAUCGAAGCACUGUACCGCGGAAGCAGCGAGUAUCAAAUGCAAAAAUGUCUGGGUCUGGAAGAUUCUGAGACUUGUCAUGCACGGUUUGCAUGAGCCAUGAUGUCUGUGAUGCAUGCCCUGGCAUCACAGGGCUUUUGAGGGAUUCGCGAUGCCUAUUCCGCAUGACAAAUGCCCUCUCCGCGUAGCAAAAAUUAGAAUCCUUUUGCUACUCAUGCAACACAGAAAUUUUUUAGACAUCGAGAUGCAGCAUCACAAGUUGCAUUCUUGCAGACCCAGACAUUUUUGCAUUUGAUAGCGAGUGCGCCACCUUCAUCCGCUUGCUCGGGGGCUGGAAAUUGCCGAUUAGGAGAAGAGUGCCCAGUAGUGGUUCUGCUGACAAUUUUCACGAAGGACCUGCAGCUGCUCAUGGUGGGGACGACAGUUUCGAAAAUAUAAAUAAUUACCGGUCCUACCCACCAUACGACUAUGGUCCGGACGGCCGGUAUCAGGAAGAUUUUGACGAGGGACUUCCUCCGGGGGAUCGCUUUGCGCGGUCAGGAGCUCAAGAGACGAGAAACAGCGCAUCUUCUGGUGAGAGAGAGGACGGAGACACUUUAGCCAGGAAAAAGGGUGGCAGCUCAUCUUGGCGGUCAUUUUGGAGGUACUACGCGAAAGCGUGACGUCGAGCAGAAGCCAGUGGAAGUUUCGGACCAAAAAUUAGGUUCUCGUUUGCAGCGCAUCCGCAUUCGAUUUCGGAAAUAAGAAAAUUUAUGACAUUUACAAUCAUGUAAAGAUAUUGCAUAGAAAUAGAGAAAACACACGCAGACACCAUGAGGGCUUCGGAGAGAGCUCGAUUGUAAAAUUAAGGACACAAGAACACUUGUGAGCAAAUGGAAAACUCAUGUUUCUUUUCCGAGAAAU